AUGGAGUCUGGAGAACGGUUACCAUCCUCAACAGCCUCCUCUGCUACACCAACUUCAUCCUCUAUGCCUUCUGUGGCUUCAUCAGUUUCAAAAGGCGGCCUUUCCACUGGAGCUGCUUCACUUAGCUCUACAAUCAACCCAUGUGGACAUUUAUUCAGAGCAGCUGGGGAUCAACCGUUUAACCUGUCCACAGUGUCGAGUGCCUUCCCAAUGGUCAGCCACCCAGUCUUUGGUCUACAUUCAGCCAGCUCAGGGCAUUCAGAAUUUGGUGGUUUGGGGACACUUGGUACACCCACAGCCUUAGCCGCCCAUCCCCAACUAGCGUCUUUUCCAGGUGCAGAAUGGUGGCGAACAACAGAUGUUCAUACACGUACAGGGGCAACCUUCUUUCCACCAUUACUGGGAAUUCCACCACUGUUUGCUCCUCCAGCCCAGAAUCAUGAUUCUUCUUCAUUCCAUUCAAGGACUUCUGGAAAAAGUAAUAGAAAUGGUCCUGAAAAAGGUGUAAAUGGAUCAAUAAAUGGAAACAGUACAUCAUCUGUAUCUGGUAUCAACACAUCUGUACUGUCCACUACUGCUUCAAGUUCUGUGGGACAAACGAAAAGUAUAAGCUCAGGUGGAGGAAACAGAAAGUGUAAUCAGGAACAAAACAAAACCCAGCCUUUGGAUGCUAGAGCUGACAAAAUCAAAGAUAAGAAGCCAAGGAAGAAAGCUAUGGAAAGUUCUAGCAACAGUGAUAGUGAUUCAGGCACAUCAUCAGACACGUCAAGUGAAGGCAUUAGUAGCAGUGAUUCGGAUGACCUGGAGGAAGAUGAAGAAGAAGAUCAAAGUAUUGAAGAAAGUGAAGAUGAUGAUUCUGAUUCAGAGACUGAAGCACAGCAGAAAAGUAACAACCAGGUGCUAUUACAUGGUGUUUCAGACCCAAAAGCAGAAGGACAGAAAGCAACUGAAAAAGCCCAGGAAAAAAGAAUUCACCAGCCAUUACCUCUUCUGUCUGAAUCCCAGACUCACUCAUCAUUCCAAUCCCAGCAGAAGCAGCCUCAGGUUUUGUCACAGCAGCUUCCAUUUAUUUUCCAAAGCUCUCAGGCAAAGGAGGAAUCUGUGAACAAACACACAAGUGUAAUACAGUCUACGGGAUUGGUGUCCAAUGUGAAACCUUUAUCUUUGGUAAAUCAAGCCAAAAAGGAAACUUACAUGAAACUCAUAGUUCCUUCUCCUGAUGUACUUAAAGCAGGGAAUAAAAAUACCUCUGAAGAAUCUAGUUCUUUGACCAGUGAAUUGCGUUCCAAACGGGAACAAUAUAAACAGACAUUCCCAGCUCAGUUAAAGAAACAGGAGUCAUCUAAGAGCCUGAAGAAGGUUAUUGCAGCUUUGUCAAAUCCAAAACCAACCUCUAGUUCACCAGCACAUCCAAAACAAACAUUAGAAAACAACAACCCUAAUCCAUUCUUGACAAAUGCACUUUUAGGUAAUCACCAACCAAAUGGAGUUAUUCAAAGUGUCAUUCAAGAAGCUCCUCUGGCACUUACUACCAAAACUAAAAUGCAGAGUAAGAUUAAUGAAAACAUUGCUACUGCAAGUAGCACCCCUUUUCCCUCACCUAUAAAUCUGAGUACAAGUGGAAGAAGAACCCCUGGCAAUCAGACAACUGUCAUACCCUCUCCCUCUCCCAUACUGCAUAGUCAAGGGAAGGAAAAAGCAGUUAGCAACAAUGUAAACACAGUGAAAACACAGCCUCACUCUCAUCCUGCAAAAUCUCUAGUGGAACAGUUUAGAGGAACAGAUUCAGACAUUCUUAGUAGCAAAGAUUCUGAAGAUUCGAAUGAGGAUGAAGAGGAAGAUGAGGACGAAGAUGAGGAAGACGAUGAAGAUGAUGACUCUGAUGACAGCCAAUCAGAAUCAGAUAGUAAUUCAGAAUCAGAUACAGAAGGAUCAGAAGAAGAUGAUGAUGAUGAUAAAGACCAAGAUGAAUCAGAUAGUGAUACUGAAGGAGAGAAAACUUCAAUGAAACUGAAUAAAACAGCUUCCUCUGUCAAAAGCCCUUCCAUCAGUCUCACAGCUCACUCAACACCUCGUAACCUCCACAUAGCAAAAGCCCCAGGCUCUGCUCCUGCUGCCUUAUGUUCUGAAUCCCAGUCACCUGCUUUUCUUGGCACACCUUCUUCCACACUUACUUCAAGUCCACACUCUGGCACUUCCAAAAGGAGAAGAGUAACAGAUGAACGUGAACUGCAUAUUCCUUUGGAAUAUGGCUGGCAGAGAGAGACAAGAAUAAGAAACUUUGGAGGGCGCCUUCAAGGAGAAGUAGCAUAUUAUGCUCCAUGUGGAAAGAAACUUAGGCAGUACCCUGAAGUAAUAAAGUAUCUCAGCAGAAAUGGAAUAAUGGAUAUCUCAAGGGACAAUUUCAGCUUCAGUGCAAAAAUAAGAGUGGGUGACUUCUAUGAAGCCAGAGAUGGACCGCAGGGGAUGCAGUGGUGUCUUUUGAAAGAAGAGGAUGUCAUUCCCCGUAUCAGGGCAAUGGAAGGUCGUAGAGGAAGACCACCAAAUCCAGAUAGACAGCGAGCAAGAGAGGAAUCCAGGAUGAGACGUCGGAAAGGUCGGCCUCCAAAUGUUGGCAGCACUGAAUUUCUAGAUAACACAGAUGCCAAAUUGCUAAGAAAACUGCAAGCUCAGGAAAUAGCCAGGCAAGCAGCACAAAUAAAGCUUUUGAGAAAACUGCAAAAGCAGGAACAGGCUCGGGUUGCCAAAGAAGCUAAAAAACAACAAGCAAUAAUUGCUGCUGAGGAGAAGCGAAAGCAAAAAGAACAGAUAAAGAUUAUGAAACAACAGGAAAAAAUUAAGAGAAUACAACAAAUCAGAAUGGAAAAAGAGCUUCGAGCCCAGCAAAUUCUAGAGGCAAAAAAGAAAAAGAAGGAAGAAGCAGCAAAUGCCAAAUUAUUGGAGGCCGAGAAACGAAUAAAGGAAAAAGAAAUGAGAAGACAGCAAGCUGUUCUUCUAAAGCAUCAGGAACGAGAGAGAAGGCGACAACAUAUGAUGCUUAUGAAAGCUAUGGAAGCUCGUAAAAAGGCAGAAGAAAAAGAACGAUUGAAGCAAGAAAAACGUGAUGAGAAAAGAUUAAAUAAAGAACGUAAACUAGAGCAACGAAGAUUAGAAUUAGAAAUGGCAAAGGAACUAAAGAAACCUAAUGAAGACAUGUGCUUAGCAGACCAAAAGCCUUUGCCAGAGUUGCCUCGUAUUCCAGGACUUGUUCUCUCUGGAAGUACAUUUUCAGACUGUCUCAUGGUGGUGCAGUUCUUACGAAACUUUGGUAAAGUUUUGGGCUUUGAUGUGAAUAUUGAUGUUCCAAACCUGAGUGUUCUUCAAGAGGGAUUGCUAAAUAUAGGGGACAGCAUGGGUGAAGUACAAGACUUGCUUGUGAGGCUCCUCUCAGCUGCUGUAUGUGAUCCAGGUCUAAUUACAGGAUACAAGGCCAAAACAGCUCUUGGAGAACAUUUGCUGAAUGUUGGUGUGAAUCGAGACAAUGUUUCAGAGAUUUUGCAGAUUUUUAUGGAAGCACACUGUGGACAGACUGAACUUACUGAAAGCCUGAAGACUAAAGCUUUUCAGGCUCACACUCCAGCACAGAAAGCCUCGGUUCUGGCUUUCCUGAUCAAUGAACUGGCAUGCAGCAAGAGUGUGGUGAGUGAAAUCGACAAGAACAUUGAUUAUAUGUCAAACUUAAGGAGAGAUAAAUGGGUGGUAGAAGGUAAACUCCGCAAGCUCAGAAUCAUUCAUGCUAAGAAAACAGGGAAAAGAGACACUUCAGGUGGCAUUGAUCUUGGAGAAGAGCAGCAUCCAUUGGGCACACCCACUCCAGGACGCAAAAGGAGAAGGAAGGGAGGAGACAGUGACUAUGAUGAUGAUGAUGAUGAUGAUAGUGAUGACCAAGCUGAUGAAGAUGAUGAAGAUGAAGAAGAUAAAGAAGACAAAAAAGGAAAGAAGACUGAGAUCUGUGAAGAUGAGGAUGAAGGUGACCAAGCAGCAAGUGUGGAAGAGCUAGAGAAACAGAUUGAAAAACUGAGUAAACAACAGAGUCAGUACAGAAGGAAGCUCUUUGACGCUUCUCACUCUUUACGUUCGAUGAUGUUUGGCCAGGAUCGUUACAGACGCCGGUACUGGAUUCUUCCCCAGUGUGGGGGGAUUUUUGUAGAAGGCAUGGAGAGUGGUGAAGGACUAGAAGAAAUUGCAAAAGAAAGAGAAAAACUGAAAAAGGCAAAAAGUAUCCAAAUCAAAGAAGAAAUAUUUGAGACUUCCGAGGACACUUUAAAUUGUUCAAAUCCAGAUCACUGUGAGCAAAAGGAAGAUACUAAAGAAAAAGAUAGCCCAAAUCUGUUUCUUCAGAAACCUGGCUCUUUUUCAAAAUUAAGCAAGCUUUUAGAAGUAGCUAAGAUGCCUCCUGAGUCAGAUGUAAUGACCCCCAAACCAAAUAGUAGUGCAAAUGGGUGCACAUUGUCAUAUCAAAACAGUGGAAAACAUUCAUUGGGCAGCAUUCAAUCAACAGCAACACAAAGCAGCAUGGAAAAGACAGACUCUAAUAAUCUGUUCAAUACCAGUUCAAGUGGUCCAGGGAAGUUCUAUAGUCCUCUCCCCAGUGACCAGUUGUUAAAGACAUUGACUGAAAAGAAUAGACAGUGGUUUAGCCUUUUGCCAAGGACACCUUGUGACGAUACCUCUCUUACCCAUGCCGGUAUGUCAGCUGCUGCUUUAGUGACCCCUCAGUCUCAGCCACUGUCUAAGUCACCUUCACCCUCCCCAGCUCCGCUUCUUGGAUCAUCUGCUCAGAAUCCUGUUGGCCUAAAUCCAUUUGCUUUAUCGCCUCUUCAGGUGAAAAGCGGAGUGUCUAUGAUGGGACUCCAGUUUUGUGGGUGGCCUGCUGGCGUGCUUACUUCCAAUAUUCCAUUCACAUCACCUUUACCUAACCUGGGAUCAGGGUUGGGAUUAUCAGAAGGAAAUAGUAAUACAUACGUGACUCCUAAUGUUGCACCAAGUAAAAGUGAAUCUCCAGUACCACAGAAUGAAAAAGUCUCUUUAACUCAACCUGCAGCUGUUGAAGUAGCAAAACCAGUAGAUUUUCCUAGUCCAAAACCCAUUCCAGAAGAAAUGCAGUUUGGUUGGUGGAGAAUUAUUGACCCAGAGGACCUAAAAGCUUUGCUCAAAGUGCUCCAUCUCAGAGGAAUAAGAGAAAAGGCAUUACAAAAGCAAAUUCAGAAACACUUGGAUUAUAUUACUCAAGCUUGCAUUAAGAAUAAGGAUGUUGCCAUUAUUGAAUUAAAUGAAAAUGAAGAAAACCAGGUAACUCGAGACAUUGUGGAGAACUGGUCAAUAGAAGAACAAGCAAUGGAAAUGGAUUUGAAUAUUCUUCAACAGGUAGAAGAUCUAGAAAGGAGAGUUGCAUCAGCAAGUUUGCAAGUGAAGGGUUGGAUGUGUCCAGAACCUGCAUCAGAAAGGGAGGACUUGGUAUAUUUUGAACAUAAGUCAUUUUCUAAAUUGUGCAAGGAGCAUGAUGGAGAAUUUACUGGCGAAGAAGAAAGCAGUGCACAUGCACUGGAACGGAAGAGUGACAACCCCCUAGAUAUAGCUGUAACCAGGCUGGCUGAUUUGGAGCGGAACAUUGAAAGAAGAAUUGAAGAGGAUAUUGCUCCAGGGCUCAGGGUAUGGAGAAGGGCAUUAUCAGAAGCUCGCAGUGCUGCACAGGUAGCUCUGUGCAUUCAGCAGUUACAGAAAUCAAUAGCAUGGGAAAAAUCAAUUAUGAAAGUUUACUGCCAGAUAUGUCGAAAGGGAGAUAAUGAAGAACUACUCCUCCUUUGUGAUGGCUGUGACAAAGGCUGUCAUACAUAUUGCCAUAGACCCAAGAUUACAACUAUACCAGAUGGGGAUUGGUUUUGUCCAGCUUGCAUUGCUAAGGCAAGUGGUCAGACCCUAAAAAUCAAAAAACUGCAUGUCAAAGGAAAAAAAAGUGAGUCAAAGAAAGGCAAGAAAGUGACUUUAACAGGGGAUACUGAAGAUGAAGACUCUGCAUCAACAAGCAGUUCACUGAAAAGAGGAGUCAAAGACCUGAAAAAAAGAAAAAUGGAGGAGAACAGCUCUAUUAACGCAUCACAGCAAGAAAGUUUUACUUCUGUUAAGAAACCCAAAAGAGAGGACUCCAAGGACCUAGCUCUUUGCAGUAUGAUCCUUACUGAAAUGGAAACUCAUGAGGAUGCAUGGCCUUUUCUACUUCCUGUAAACUUGAAACUUGUUCCUGGUUAUAAGAAAGUUAUUAAGAAGCCUAUGGAUUUUUCCACAAUUAGAGAGAAAUUAAGUAGUGGACAGUAUCCAAACCUUGAAACUUUUGCUCUAGAUGUCAGGCUUGUUUUUGACAACUGUGAAACAUUUAAUGAAGAUGAUUCUGAUAUAGGCAGAGCUGGCCACAGUAUGAGAAAGUAUUUUGAAAAAAAGUGGACAGAUACUUUCAAAGUGAGCUGA